ACUAGAUGGAAGGCUCAUCAUCCACAUCUCAUUUCCGAUCUGUUAGUCUGCCUUCUAGGUUAACCAACCCUUCUUGUACCAAGAUUGAAACGAAGAUCAACGAGCUGAAAGCGCUGGGAAACUUGGUGGUUUCGGGUGAAACCAUUCAAAGCGGUUUGGUUGGGUUGGCGGAGUUGUAUGUUUGCGUGGAGGAGCUUGUUCUGUCUCCCAAAACCCAACCAGCGUUUUUAUGCCACCAAAAUGGAACCUUGGUUGAAGAUGCCUUGGAGGGGUCGAUUGGGUUGCUAGAUUUGUGUAGCACCAUCAAAGACUUGCUCAUGCUAAUGAGGGAAAACGUGCAAAUCCUUCAAUCAGCCUUAAGAAGGAAAGGUGGCAAUCCAACAGUUGCUACCCACAUUGCAACAUAUCUAUCCUUUAGGAAAAAAACAAAGAAGAACGUCACCAAGAGCCUUGGGACACUAAAGCAUCUAGAAAAGAAAAUGGGUUCAUUUCUCGUUCGAGAUGUAGAUUGCCAUGUGCCAAUGGCGAGUAAAGUUCUUGGAGAUGUUUAUGCACUCACAAUCUCUCAAUUUAAAUCCCUUUUGGUCUUCGUAUCAACCAAGACCAAGCCGACUAAUGGGGUUCAACUCAUAUCGAAGUUGGUGUCCAAGAGUACAUCAGAACAUGCAAAAAGGAAGACGUUUAUCAAUGAUAUGGAAACCAUUGAUUUGGCUCUCACAUCACUACAGAAAAGUUCGUGCAACAGUGACACCAAGAAUGUUGAUGUCCAAAUGACACUAAAGAGAUUGCAAAUUCUUGAUGCAAGUCUUGAAGGGUUCGAGGCUGGAUUGGAUUGCGUUUUCAGGAGAUUAAUUCAAACACGAGCUUCCCUUCUCAAUGUCGUAGCUUGUUAG